AUGCGGGCAUAUUAUCGGGCUACAGAGGUGGGAACGAACCUUACUGCGUACCGUGUUCGACUAGUCUCUUUGUUUCAGGAGCUUGAACCAGCUGUCAACGUAUCAGCACAACGAUUGUCGGAUCAAGUACGAGCUAUACAGCGCUGUCAUCUGCUGGAUGAUGCAGUACUUGAGAGGAUAUGCUCUGACAUACGGAAUAGCUUAAUUAUCCCUUCUUCGUCACACACUGUGGAUUCGGUAGCCUACAGCACACCUCAGUUGGCAUCAUAUACUGAUGAUAUUGAUGAACUAGUGGAGAGUGAAGUUAUAUCCGUAAGUACCCAAUACAAUGAUAGGAUAAGGAGCGCUUUGGAGGAUGCGAUUCUGGAAUACCGAUAUUUAAAUUGCAAUGAUAGGCCCCGGUUAUUCCGUUUGCCCAUUCAUAAACGAAAUUUAGCGCUGGUGGGUGCCCUGGAUUCGUUAUUGCCUGAAUAUUUAGAUAAUAGCGAAGAUCUUAGUGAUACACAUUCUAUUCUAUAUUGUGCGGCUAUUGCAGUUUGUCGAGUAGCUGGUGUUAAAAUAGCUAACAAUGUAACUACUACUCGACCUAAAUCUACUGUACCAGCUUGGCAGUAUAGAAUUGAGCGUCGUAUUGCUGAGACCAGGACACUCAUCGGUAAGCUUAUUAGCUACCGAUCAGGGAAUACGCGGCCGAGAGUGAUGCGCUUUGUGAAACAGGCAUUUUUGGGGACUACCAUUAGUCCUCAGCAGUACAUGUCAUGUGUCACAGAGCGCAUAGACUUUCUAAAGCAGAAAAUUUAUGCAUGGGCAAAUAGGAUAAGACGGUAUAAAAAACGAAUAGAUCGGUAUAAUCAAAAUCGGAUGUUCCAAAUAAAUGAGAAGGGGGGCUCCAAACUGAGGAACCAAACUGGAGCAUAA